AUGUCCAGAUACUUCGAUUAUUCUUACUACAAGUCACAUAUCGGUCAAACAUACUACGUCAAUGAUUCCUUACCUACACCUCAUCAACAACUGACCUCUCGACCACUAGAAGAUCCUGAUGAAGAACUAGAUGGACGUAUUGAUGAGCCAAUGAAUACACGGUUGAAGGCUGGCACAGACGACGAACCGUGCUGCAUCAGGUAUACGCUGCUAACAUUUUUCACUGCUGUUGCUUUGAUUGCUGCUUACCUGUUUUGGAUGGCGAGAAAAUUCGAAUUUAAAUUCGAAUUCUUUGAUGCCAUGGUGCUCGCAGUUGUUAUCGUUGCUGUCAUUGGCGCUGUAGGAACCCUGUACAGAAAUGCAUUUUUAUUGGGAUUUAUUGCCCUUAUACUGAUUUGCGUUGGAAUUUUCUUCAUUUUCUUCAUGCUGGUCGCCUCUUAUUGCUUCUUAUUUGAUGAAGAAAAAUUCCGCAAUUUGAUGCCGAUCGCGAGUGAUCUACUCGCUGAAAAGACAACUCCAACAACUGAACUAUCCAAAGCUUACAUGACAAUGAUGGCUUUUUGUUUUGUGCAUGCGCUUGCAUUCAUCAUGAUUGCGUUGCUGUCAUGCAGAUUACGGUCAAGUUACAAAUGA